AUGCCGUGGAAAGACCGCUUCAACCAAAUCAAGAAUGAAUUCAACGGAAUGAUCGGUGGCGGUAGCCAACAGCAACAGCCGCCGCCCCAGCAGUACCUCCAGCAGCAGCAGUAUCCGCCUCCGCCGCCUCCGCCGGGGAAUUACCCCGGAAACAAUUCUCAGCAACACAGCGGAGCGCCGCCCCCCGUGCCUCCCCAUCCGGACAGUACCGGUCCGCCACCGGCGGUUCCGCAGCACCCGCCGCAGAACUCGCCCGUGUUCUGGCAGCCGCAGUUCCUCCCGCACGUUCCGAUUUCGCACGAGUGGGAUGCCAAGACGGGCCAUGCUACGGAUGGUUGGGGCAACCAUGAGCUGCAAAACUACACUGACCAGCCGCAGAAUGCAUUCCACACGCAAGACGGCAAACUGGUCCUACGCGCCAUCGCCAACAGCGGCGCCGGCGACGACCAGCAGUACACCUCGGCGCGCCUCGUCAGCAAGCAGAAGCUGACGCACGACCGCGGGGUGCUGUCGGCGGUGCUCCUCUCGCCGUGCGCCGAGGGCAUCUGGCCGGCGUUCUGGCUGCUCCCGCAGGAGCCCUUUCGCUGGCCGACCGACGGCGAGAUCGACAUUGCCGAGACGUGGAACGGCGACGGCGAGAACCACAGCUGCCUGCACUGGGGCCAGCACGACCAGCCGGACCGGCACCGCGUGCGCGGCACGCGCAUCCCGGACAUGCGCAACCGGCCCGUCCGGUACGACCUGGCGUGGGACCAGCCCGGGGGCAAGGCGGGGCAGGGACGCCUGCUGUGGUACAUUGACGGACGGCCGGUGAUGAAGGCGACGGUGCCCGAGGGCACGCGGCCGCUGCGGGACAUGACGGUGCUGCUGAAUGUCGCCAUGGGCGGCGAUGUGUGCAAGGGCAAGACGCCGCGCGAUGGGGCGUAUGACUUGGUCGUGUUUGCGCUGUGGAUGGCGCAUGAGAUGGAGGGUGGCGGCUGGGGCCGUUUUGAAUAUGAUUGGGGGCAUCCUGCCGUGACGGAGGGUAAUACGUACUAG